AUGUCGCUUCCACCAGAACUAAUCCGCGAGGUCGUCACGUUUAUCAAAGACCGCGCGUCCCUCGGACAUUCCGCGCUAACUUGUCGCGACCUGCAUGCCGUAGCUCAAAAGAGGCUUUUCGCUUCGGUCACCCUCGAUUUCACUAUCUGCUUCAAAAACAGGUAUCCCAUGCUUGGAGAAAGACGAGCACCACCUAGACGAACACCAACAAAGUUUCUCGCGCUCCUCCGGUGGGCGCCUCACAUUCGUGUGUACGUCACAGCGUUGCAAGUCAACGUAGGCGAGCUUCCACGCAGCUCAGCAGAGGAGGAAGAUCUCCAUGCUCUGUUUGGGCUCCUAACGAGGCUCAAGUCUUUAGGGUUCCCAUUUAUCGACGAGGAUCUCCAGAUUCUCAAUCGGCUUCCUGUUUUCGGGCAUAUCCCUUUCCUCUACCACUUGUCCCUCGAGCAGAAGCGGAAUAUUGAGGAAUUUGAUUUCAGGGCGAUGUCAUACCACGGAGGGCCGAAUGCAUGCCUUACAUUAUUGGAUGAAUUCAUCGGCUUGAAGCGACUCUUGAUUCCUCCAAAUCUUACACCAUCGACGGCAAGGACAAUUCCAGUUCAAUGUCUGCUCGAGAGCCUGACUUUCGACGGGAUGUCAUCCACGGAUUAUUCCGAGGCGAUCCCUUGGCUCCAGGAUCCGACAUGUUUGUUCGACAUCACAAACCUAAAGAAACUAGAAGUCAAGACGGUCGAUAUGCUAAUGACUUACAAUAGCGUAGAGCGGCUGAUGGGAAUGUGCCAAAAUGUCGAAGAAUUCUACUUGGUGGCAAGUCCAAAGACCCAUUCGACAUACAAGAAAGACGGAGACAUCGUGAAACACUAUAAUUCAAUAUAUCACCCACCAAGCCUCUCGUCUCUCCCCCGCCUGAAAGCCCUCACCAUCCAGGGAGACUGGAUGACAGACCUUCUAUCCACUAUCUCAUCCUACAGACAGCACCACGUCGUCGAAGUUACAAUCAUCGUUGUUUUUCCGGUACGCCUACCCGAGACAGUUCUCGAGACGGUUGAUUGGAGCUCUUUGGCUGCAGGCGAGUAUACCGAUGCCGGAGAACUGGACGAAGGAGAUGGUUGA